AUGGCUAUUACCUUUCCGUCUCCAACCAAAACUUUCCACUCGGAUGUCUACUCGACUAUUCAUCCCACGCGGCCUGAACUGUCUGCCAAGGGCAAGAAUGUUCUCAUCACUGGAGGUGGUACCGGUAUUGGAGCCGAGACAGCCCGUUCCUUUGCUCAAGCAGGAGCAGCUCGCAUUGCGCUGGUGGGCCGUCGAGAACAGCCGUUGCUAGACACGAAGGCCUCGAUCCUGGAGAAGCACCCCGACAUUGAAGUCAUCACCGCGCCAACCGACGUCACCAAGCAAAGCGAAGUGGACGCUGCCUUUGCCAAAUUCCUCGGCGAGGACGGGAAACUCGAUAUCCUGGUGAGCAACGCUGCCGUGUCGGGCCCGCGAGAGAAUGUCAGCGAGGCAGAUCCCAACUACUUUCUCGAGGGUAUUCAGCAGAACCUCGGUGGAGCGCUCUGGGUGUCUCGAGCUUUCACCCGCUACGCCUCUCCCAACGCCACCGUGGUCAAUGUCUCCUCUUCGGCUGCGCACAUGAACUUUGGUGGCUUAUUUGCCUCGUACAGCGUUGCCAAAUGGUCCGUGUACCGACUUUGGGACCUUGUUGGCCACCAAUCCCCCAACCUGCGUGUCUUUCAUAUUCAGCCUGGUAUUGUGGAUACUGCGAUGAACAGAGAGGCUGGAGGCAUAGCUGCCAGCGGCCAUGAGGAUAAGGCAUCUCUACCAGCAGGAUUCAUGGUGUGGCUCGCCAGUCCCGAGGCCGAGUUUCUCAAGGGCAAGUUCCUAUGGACAAAUUGGGACGUGGAUGAGCUUAAGGCAAAGGCUGAGGAGAUCCAGAAUGGAAGUUUUCUCAACCUCGAUCUUGUCGGAUGGCCUUUCAACGAUACAGGUAGCAAGUACGUCGGCGAGGAUUGGAAAUGGUGA